AUGAAUAAGCGAGAAGCGGCCGCAUUCUUAUUUACCAUCGCUAAAGAAAUUCAAGAAUCUUUCGCUAGUCCUGUGAUUUUCUUUACGCGUAAAGAUUACGCUGAACAUGUAUUUGAUGCCUUCAAAAAUAUUCGCAAAGCGCUAUUGGAAAAUACUAGUCCAGCAGCUAUCGUCGAUAUCGUUUUUGCGUUUCACAUGGAGUGGCUGCAUGCUGUAAAAGAGAUAGAAAAUUUUAAGGAAAGAGUAAAAGAUACACCUCGAGAUGUUGUUCUUAAAGCCAUAACUUUUACCAUAGAAUGUGUCCAACAGAGACACUUUCGCAUUCGAAAAUAUAUUGAGAAAAUACAAACUUCAAUGACUAAAGAUGAAUAUACUUUAAUUCAAACAGAUCUUUCAAUAAUUAAAGAACUGCAGGAUAUUGUUGCCACUUCUCUUACAGAGAAGUAUCAUUAUAUUAACUCUCUUACAGAUUACGCAGAUUACUAUACUAGAAUUAACGAUGAAAUAGAAGAACUCUUAUAUUGGUUAGAUAAGUUAAAUGAUAAUUUGGCAGUUGAGUUCUGUAAAAUCGUAAAUUUUAAUGUACCUCUGAGGCCGUAUGAUCUAACAAAAACGCUGCAAGAUAUAAUUGAAGAAGUUGCAACUGAUCCAACACCAGAAGCCCAGAGAAUAGCUGAAAUAGUCCAUGUUACAGGGCAGGUGUUAAGUUCUAAAAUGCGCCUUAGCUCAAUAAAUGAACUUGAAAUAGCUAAAAUUGUUGAGAAAAUUAAAGCACUCGAAAAACGUAUACACCGAUUACAAUCUCAACAUUCUUCUGCUUUAAUGGCUCUUAAGCAUAAAACUUCGUUUUUAGAAGAACGUCUGCAAUCUCUACAAAAUAUUAAAAAAACUAUAUACAAAAUGAAGCACAAGGAAGACGGUGACAAUCUCACUGAGACUGAAAACCAGAAUGAACCCAAAGAUAUGCAUAUUUUUUCUCAUUUACUGCCACAUAGCGAUCGUUGCCGUCUUGUUGAUAAAUUGCUACAAUUAUGGAAGAGCGCAAUGAUAGAAUCUAAUAAUGAGUCGGUAAUAUCUAUAUUGAGUGUUGCACAUUCGAAUGAAAUGUUCACUGAUGAAAAUGGGCAUUUCACUGUAGACAAAUAUGGAAGAAAGAUUUACCGUAAACCAGGCGAUGACCAAUUAUAUCAAUUAAAUGAACAUAAUAAACUGGUCCUUCUCCAAGAUGAUGGAAAAGUUGUUUAUUUUUAUGACGCCUGUGGCAGAUAUUACAUAAGUGAUGCAAGAAAACGAAUUUACAAAGAUCAUGACGGUGCUAGUGAAUAUAUGCUUACCCAGACUGGAUACCUUGUUAAGGUCUUGGAAGAAAAAGAUGGUGUACAAUAUUUUUAUGACUGGCUGGGCCGAUAUUAUAUUAGGAAAGAAGAUGGACGUCACAUUUAUACUGAAGAAAACUCACCUGACGAAUAUGAACAGGACGGUUUGGGUAAUUUAGUAAAAAUCCACCAGGAGCCUUUUAUUUAUGAACCGUGUCCAUUGGAACCAAUGACUAUGAAAGAAAAUGAAUAUAUCAAGCAGGAAGUUGGCCAGGCUCUAAAAAAAUGUAUAGCACAAGUAGUAUUAACGCAACCCAUGGAUCCUGUUGCUUACUUGGCGGAUUGUUUGACGCAAUAUAGUAAAAACAUUAAGGAACGCGAGCAGCUUAUAAAGAAAGAAAAUGAAAGGGAGGAACUUAGCAGACUAUUGCAUCUUAAUACUCCUAAAGAAGUUUCAAUUAAAUGUUCUAGCAGCGGUGAAAAUAUUGAUGAUAUUAACUUCUUAAACUAUGGGUAUGACACCGACGCGAGUUUUUACACCUAG